AUGGGAUUCUAUCACGUUUCUAGGAUUGGGGUGAUAAGAGGAUUUUACUCUUUAUUAGCUGCUCUGGUGGAAAGGUGGAGGCCAAAAACUCACACCUUUGUAUUGCCGGUGGGUGAGGUUACUGUCACACUGGAAGAUGUCGCUCAUAUAUUUGGCCUACCCAUUGAUGGAGAGCCUAUGAGUGGAUGGAUAAAUAAUAGUAGCGACUUCCUACAGAGCCAGAGUAUCGCGAUAUUCGGUCGUAAACCAGAAGUUAGUAGUUCUUCGAAAUCCUAUAUAAAGCUGGGUUCGGUUCGACGUAUCAGAGACGCAGAGCCAUUGGACACUGAGUCCAUUAGGAGAAAAGUCAGAUACUCAAUUUUCUAUUUGUUGGGUUCGACCCUAUUCACAGAUAAGUCGACCGCAUAUGCCCACGCGAAGUAUCUACCAUUGCUUCGCGAUUUCGAGCGGAUCCAUACUUAUAGUUGGGAGUCAGCAUGUCUCGCACAUCUUUAUAGAGCACUAUGCCGUGCAUCACGAUAUGAUACAAAGGAGAUGGAUGACCCUCUUAAUCUGUUGUUUGUUUGGGCAUGGGAGCGAAUGCCCUGUAUUGCACCCAUACUGAGACAGACCCUUCCACCGGCUGAGAUACCAGUUGCUAUGAGGUGGAGUUACUCGGAACGGACCACAGCGUGGUUAUUGAAGACCGCAGCGAGAUUUAGGCAGGAUAUAGACUACAUAGAGGAGUGGCGGCCGUUCGACAGAUUGAUCAUAUCCGACGAGUUACAUGGACAUCUUGAGGUAUGUGACAUCGUUGCUCUGUUGUUAUCAUUCGAGUGUGUCGAAUGGCACCCUGCGGACCGAGUGAUGCGUCAGUUUGGGUAUGCACAACCUCCCCCGCGAGUAGCAAGAGACAUUCCACUGGACCAUCAUUGCAUCACUCUUCGCGGAGUGCAACUUCAUGACAUGACAGUUUUACAUGGGGUAUGGAUAGCAAAAUGGGGCAACAAGCAAAACACUCGGCUGCGGGAAACUGCACCCCCUUCCGAACUGGGACUUUAUACCGACAAUGGAGUACUAGGAUUGGUAUGUGGGCUUGUACGGACAUAUGCUGAGAUUGUCAGAGCACGUUCUUUAGUAUCCAUAUCAGCUACCAGCACCACAGCCACCUGCACCUCAAGGUCCACCUCAGCAUGCAGUGUUUGA